GGUGCAACUCCGCUUUGUUUUCUUCAUUUGAUAAUUUUCACUGAUAACGUGAACGUGUGAAACAAGACGAUGAAAUAAAUACUUUUCAAGGUAGAAACAAGUAUUUUCCAUUUGCUAUGUUGUCCAAGACCUCCAAAUGUAAUGUAGGAGUAUCUGAAGAAAGAGUUUAUUAAAUUCUGGUCACUGUGGUCGGUCUAGCCAUUCUCUAAGUCCAGGAGAUAUCAGGUCUAAUAUUUCCACAAAUCUCAGUAAUCAUUUGUUCAUCCUUCUUAAGUUUUUAAAACUGACCAAGCCUUGCUGAAGGAGGAACAGUCGCUCUUGUGAAUGGCUACGAAACCAGAGGAUGCUCCCGAACAUUGCCCAGGGGUCGAAAGUGACUCAGCUGGGAAGGGGUCAGCUUGCCAGGGUUGUCCCAAUCAAUCAAUUUGUGCCUCAGGUGUCGCGCGAGGUCCAGAUUUAAGUGCUGAGCAGGUCAAAGCAAGAUUAUCGUCAGUGAAAAACACAAUAAUCGUUCUCUCUGGUAAAGGCGGUGUUGGGAAGAGCACUUUCACUUCUCUAUUGGCAAGGACCUUGGCUGCAAAAGAUGCAAAUUCAAAUAUCGCUGUCCUGGACAUUGACGUAUGUGGGCCUUCUAUGCCCCGAGUCAUGGGUGUGUUGAAUGAACAGGUGCAUCAAAGUGGCUCUGGAUGGUCCCCUGUGUUCGUUGAUGACAAUCUUUCUGUGAUGUCUGUUGGAUUCUUGCUCAGUAGUCCUGAUGAUGCUGUCAUAUGGAGAGGGCCCAAAAAAACUGGUAUGAUUCGUCAGUUCCUCAGUGAAGUUGACUGGGGUGAUACUGUUGAUUUUCUGAUCAUUGAUACACCUCCUGGAACUUCUGAUGAGCAUUUGUCAAUUGUGCAGUAUCUGAAAUGUAUGAACAACCUUCAGGCUAUAGUUGUGACAACCCCUCAAGAGGUAGCCCUGCUAGACGUCAGGAAGGAAAUAGAUUUUUGUCGCAAAACAAGUAUUCCUAUUCUUGGAGUAGUUGAAAAUAUGACAUCAUUCAUUUGUUCAAAUUGUAAGCAAUCUUCAGAGAUUUUUCCAAAGAACACUGGAGGAGCAGAGGCGAUGUGCGCUGAAUUGAAUGUACCUCUGUUAGGCAAGGUACCCCUAGAUCCUCGCUUAGCUCAAAGUUGUGAUGAAGGAGGGAAUUUUAUUCAAGAAUUCUCAGAUUCUCCAGCAACAACGGCUUUCAUUGAAAUAGUAUCUAAGAUUCAAGGACUACCGUAAUCCGAGGGAGUUGAAGUCAUUUUGUCUUGUUCAUGCCAAACCAUUCAUAUUUUACAAAUUGGUAGGAAAAUUUCCUUUUUGUUACUACUGAUGAAUUUUUUUUUGUUGCACUUUUUAGCUUUUCAUCGUUCAAUUUUAAGUCAAAACAUCAUUGCACCUCUACAAGUACGUAUUACUCUUUGGUAUACAGUGUAAAAAAUAAAUUUUAUUUUUACAGAGC